AUGCAGGCAACGACCAUAUUCCUUCCAGGUUUCGUUACACUAUUGCUGUGUGUGCUUUACAGCGCGUUCAAAUAUGGUCAUCGCAAGAAGGAUAUGCCCCCUGGGCCGAAGACAUUGCCAUUCAUCGGCAAUCUGCACCAAUUACCCAAAGCCUAUACGCACAUAAAAUUUACAGAGUGGGCGCGCCGAUACGGCGGCCUUUACACCCUGAAGCUUGGAAACGCUACCAUGGCAAUCAUAACUGACCGAAGUAUUGUGAAGAGUACUGUGGAUAAAAAAAGCAACAUAUACAGUCAUCGACCUCAGUCGUAUGUCUCCCAUGAUUUGAUCACGAACGGAAACCAUCUCCUUGUCAUGUUCUAUGGGAAUAAAUGGCGUACAUUCCGACGCCUUAUCCACCAACACCUGACUGAAGACAUGGUCGAGCGUGAACACUUGUCCAUUGUCAAUGCUGAAGCUGUUCAACUCGUCCGGGACUACAUGCUCUACCCUGAAGAUCACAUGCUCCAUCCGAAGCGAUUUAGCAAUAGUAUUAGCAACUCAAUUAUCUACGGGAUACGUACUAGCCAUGUCCGCUCUGAGUACAUGAGGCGUCUCUACAACCUGAUGGAAUCAUGGUCGGAGCUCAUGGAGACUGGGAGCACGCCACCCGUUGACAUCUUCCCGUGGCUAAAGUUGUUACCACAAAAGUUGUUUCGCAAUUACAAGAAACGCGCUCAGGCUGUCGGGAAACAAAUGGAAGGUCUCUAUGAGGAUACUCUCCAAGCUGUGAUCAAGCGGCGGGAAACGCGUAAUACUGGCUCCUUUAUGGACGUAGUCCUGGACCAGCAGGAAAAGACCGAGCUGCCACGAGACCAGCUUCGUUUCAUCGGCGGCGUCCUAAUGGAAGGCGGCUCAGAUACCUCCUCAUCGCUCAUCCUGGCCAUUAUACAGGCCCUUAUCCUUAAUCCCGAAGUCCAGGAUAGGGCCCACCGCGAGAUCUCCGCCGUUGUUAACGAAGACCGUACUCCUGUCUGGUCCGACAUGGCAAAUCUCCCCUACAUUAAUAUGAUCGUGAAGGAAGGUCACCGCUGGCGACCUAUUCUGCCACUUUGCUUCCCUCAUGCUCUAGGUCAAGACGAUUGGGUUGAGGGUAAAUUCCUUCCCAAAGGCACUAUCGUCGUAAUCAACAGCUGGGGUAUGCAUAUGGACCCGCAGGUGUGGGAGGACCCGGAGAAGUUCAACCCGGACCGCUACCGUGAUCAUCCGCUUCUGGCUCCGGGAUAUGUCGCAGGAGGCGACUGGAAGAAACGAGAUCACUAUGGUUAUGGCGUCGGGCGCCGUAUAUGUCCUGGCAUGUACCUCGCCGAGCGGAAUAUGCUGCUGUCCAUUGCCAAGCUCAUAUGGGCAUUCAAGUUCGAACGGGUAACAGGGCCGGAUGGGCGGACGGUUCCUAUUGACUCUGACCCAGUCACAGGGUAUCACAAUGGGUUCCUGUACUGUCCCAAGGAGUAUGGUUGUAAGCCGGUCUUACGGUCACAAAAAGUCAAAGAGACUAUAUUGCGGGAGUUUGAGGAUAUUGAAAGCACCGUUUUCAACCGCUUUGGGAAUAACUGA